UGCGUUGAGCAGAUGCAUUUAGUUGUAAAUUUACUCCGAAAACAGUUGAAACAUUGAUACUUAUGGCUAAAAUAGUUGUGUGAUGAUAGAUGCAUACGUAAAAUGUUUCAUUGUGAAUAUGAAAUAAACAUGGAUUUGUAAUAUUCAUAAAAUAGGAAAUGUCAGAGUACAUGUACUUCAAAACGGACUAUAAUGCUUCAUAUCGAAUUAUCCAGACGUUAGCAACUUGUUAGUUAAAUAGUUAUAAAGUUUUAUAUUUGGACAUAACUACUUAAAAUGAUUACUAUUUUGAACAUACGUAGCAGUCUUGAAACAUAAAAGAAUAUUUGAAAAUGUCUCUAGAUGACUACAGUGAUUAUAAAAUAGCCAAAGGAAUACAAGCUGCAUAUCCUCCUAUUCUAAUCCUAGUUGGCUUAACUGGAAAUAUUAUAUCAAUUAUUGUACUUGCACAACGAAAACAUAGAAAGACGUCUACUGGCUUGUUGCUAAUAUGUCUUGCAGUAACCGACAGUGUUAUACUUAUAUGUGUAUUGUUGGUUGAUUGGCUGAGCUACUUGUUUGAGUUAAGCUUUUCAAGUGUUUCGUGUAAACUACGCAAUUUUAUAACGUACUUUUUGCUACACCUAUCACCUUGGAUUUUAGUCAUUGUUACGGUAGAACGUACUUGUUGUGUAUUGUAUCCUCAAAGAGUAAGACGUAUUUUUACAAGGAGAAGGGUACUUAUUUUGACAGUUGUUUGUAUAAUUUUCUUCGUUGGCUUAAACAGCCACCUACUGUAUGGUUCUGAGCUAGUCUUCGACGAAAUUGCCAACAAAACUAGCUGUCAGAUAACCGACAAGCACAUGGAUUUCGUGUUCAAAAUAUGGCCAUGGAUUGAUUUUGCUUUCGCAUUUGCGAUUCCGUUUUGUGUAUUGCUUUGUGGCAAUAUUAUUGUGUUGAAAAAGAUCAAAUCGAGUCACCACUUUAGGAAAAGGAGUGUCUUGAAAUCGAAAUACGAGAAUCGCUCAAAUGGGAGUGUAUUUAGUCGCAGUGGAAUAAGACGCACCCCGUACUUUACAACAAUAGCUGUAAUACUUAAUAUAACAUUUAUCGUGUUCGUUUCACCUUUUACUAUAUUUGCAAUAGGCCAACCGUACUGGUUUCCACUUGACACUAAGACGCCGAAACGAUAUGCAAAGUUACUUCUAAUAGGAACUCUUAUGCAGAUGCUUAUGUAUACAAACAAUGCAAUAAAUUUCAUACUUUACAUUCUUUGUGGUUCAAAAGUUAGAAAAGACAUUGUCAAGCUGUUAUGCUGCAAACGGAGACGACUUCGGGCUUUCUCGGACAGUUUGUCAAGCAACACAACCACGAAAUCUUCGUUCAGUGGAAGCAGAAGUUCUCAUUCUUCUGCCACUUCUCAGAAAUCAGAUGCAUUAUAAAUGUUUUAGUAUGUGAUGUUUAAAGUUGCCAGUCUAAUAAAGCACAAGUCUGCUGACGUGAUAUUUUUAUAAAAACUUAAGAUAAAUUAAUCUCAACCGAAGUUACGCUAUACUGACAUUAACGUUUGGUAUUAUAAAUGUCAUUCAUUUCGGUUGGCAAAUAUGUAAAUAAAGACAGUCAUUUGCUGUUGUGUCAUAUGUUUUAAUAUGUCAUCGUUUUUAUACAAUCUUAAUUUCUUAAAGUACGACAGCUAUUAUCAAAUUUCUUUACUGUUUCAUUGAAACGUUCAAAAUACAUUGUUCUUCUGUAUAUAUUUUGUUUGGAAUUUUCCAUUUUUUUCAAUGAUAGCUUUGAAAUAGUAAGCAUGGUCCGUUUUGUCAAUAGUUAUGAGUAACAUGAAAUCAGGAAGAUUUGUCGUCCCUAAAGUAGUAUUCAAUGCAGAUGCUAUGAAAGAAGAAAAUGUAAACUGUGCAUUAUUUCAUUUUGAUCAUCCUUGAAUUUAUGAUACCAACUUUUUUGUGUUUAUAGUUUUGUUUUGUAAAUUGUAAAAUGUAAACAAGACACACACUGCUAUUCAGGAUAAACAUCAACGCGACAUUUACCAAAACUAAAUAUUGAUUCACUAACCUAUAUAGUUAUUUUUUAAUAAUAAAAGGCAUGAUCAUGUUGAAUAAGAUUUUGCUGAACAGGAAUGAGUAAAAGUGUUAUUAUUCGGGAUCAGUCAUUUUACUUGAACGUCUCCGUUUCAGAACAUAUUAAAAUGCUUGGAAAACGUACUAAAAAAAUAUACAUAAAUUCCCUCAGAGUUGUAAAAAAAGCCUUGUCAAUGGAUGAUCACUCUUAUGUACAUGCAUUCGGAUCAGAAGUGUUCUAAAUUUGCUGUGUUAAAGUAUGUCUGAGAUAGUUUUUGUAUUCUAUUUUUGCCUUCUAAUAUUAAUACAUGCUAAAUAAUGUUGUGUAGCAUAAUUAUAUGUCAUUAAAUGCAGCUAUGAAUAAAACAAGUUGUCAAGUGUU